AUGGAAAAUAGAGUGGAUGAAAAGAAAGGCAGGAAGGAGAAAGAAGAAGCUAGCAAGAGCAAGGAGUCAACUAAGGCUAUGGUAGCAGCCUGGGGAUCUGAUAAUGACUCAGAAGAUGAUAUUGAUUAUAUUGCACUCAUGGUUGAUGAUCUUCCAGAAUCAUAUAUGGAGGAAGACAUCAAGAGGCUGACGCUUAGAUUAGGAAAGCGUGAAUUAAAUGAAGAGCAACCAGGGGUCGAGUCAGAGCUAAAGAGAGUAAAAAGAAAGCUAGCCCUAGAACAGGAAAAAACCAAGGAUAUCAGGUCAAGAUUACUUCAAAAGGAGCAUGAUCUGGAAAGAUCAAAUCGAUGGACACAAUCUUCUCAAUUGCUCUCAAAUCUCACGAGUCAGACACACAACAUUACUACAGGAUUGGGAUUUGAUAAGAUGACUAAGCCUCCGGGUAUCAGAAGAAGCACUAUGCACCUUGUGUGGCAAGAUGGGGCACUGCAAAUUUGA